AUCCACCCUCUGUUUGUCCAUCCUGGUGGUUAUGACCCCCCGAAGACCAUUCACGCAGAUUUCGUGCACCCGCUGCAAGUCUAAGAAGAUCCGAUGCAACAGGGUUCACCCGUGCUGCGACAAAUGUGAUGCUAUUGGUGCGGAAUGUAUCUACCUACCGCGAAAGACAAGAGCCAAGAAGCCUCGGACCCAUGAGAAGGAUAUUCUCGCCAGCAUUCUCGAUCGCCUAGAUCGACUCGAGGACCAUUGUAUGUUGAGCAAAGAGCCCGCAGACCAAUAUGAUGAUUCGAGCUCCAUGUCAGUGUCCACUGUGGACUCAGAGACUCAUCGAUCACUGUGGAAGAAUGACAUUAUGACCCCUCUCAAACCAAUCCGGCCCAUGCGCAGUGCCGUGUAUCCAUUGUUGAAUCGCCUGAAGAAAGACCAAACUAAAGCCCUACUAUGGUCGACUAUCUUCUGCCAGUUGCCCUACGUUGGAUUCGAUGUCUUUGAGCACGAGAUGUGCCGCAACGCUGUCGAAAACGCGGUGACGGAAAUUCAACUUUGGGAAGACAUGCAGGAUAGCGGCUUGGCACAUGCUCCGAUUCCGAUAAGCAAAGAAAUGGCAAAAAGAUGGAUAAAUUUGUACUUCAAUGGCCACCAAUUUGAAGCCUUCCGUGUGCCUCUCGAUCGGGACUUUCUGCUGUCGAUUCCUGACCUGCUAGAGAUACCGCAUGUUACGCUCGACGCCACCUCGCAAAUUCUUUACUACAGCGCUGUCGUUCAGGGUCUCUUCAUAGAUCCCGAGCCUGUGCCAGAUAGGUCUAAUCUUGUUCGAAGUAUUUAUCAGCUCGUGGCAAAUAUGGGAGAGAGCUGGGUGAAUUCUGUCCAGAUCACAGUACCCGACCUGUAUGCAUCGUUUUUUGUGCUAUCUGUGACACUGGAAAACUGCAGAACGGAGCUGUCAUGGAGGAGCUUUGGUCAUACGAUCACAAUCGCAAGAGCCUUGGGGUACUUGACCGUCGAUGCGGAAACCAAAGGGCCAAACCCCCCGGGUUUCCCAGAUGACAGCCCUUAUGCACAAGAAAUCAGCAAGAAUCGAAUGCGAUUCGAAUUUUGGCAUCUCUUGCGUAUGGACUGUGUCUUCCGCCUGCAUUUCGGUAAACCAGCCAUGAUCGCUGCAGGCUCGUGGGCCGUCAAUUUCCCGGACCCGAGUAUCAAUGGUGUCACGCACAUGUCUACUCGCUAUAUUCAAAUACAUUUUUUGGCCUCGAUGCGACUAACGCUGGUAUUACUGAAAUACCUGGACCUCCUGGAAUUUACUGCCGAUGAUACAGUGUUCGACGAGUCGCUGGAUAAUUUGGCGGUAGAGGUCGAGUCAAUAAUGCGUGACUGGAACGCGGAUGAGCUUUUCAAUAAUACCGACAACCACAUCGACCUGCGGAUUUGCAUGGACAUCUUCGUUAGCUGCUACAAGAUGCUGAUCAUGUUUCACCAAUACAAGAAGGGCAACCAUGGCCGUCCGGUUCUAUCAGAAAAGACUCUUGAAGUUGCCAGGGCCUCGAUGACGAUGAUUCAGAAGAUCGUGGGCUCGUCGACCAACCAAUAUUGGGGUAUUAGUAUAUAUUUCAUGUAUGAAGCUGUACCGUUUUUCAUCUUGUGCUGGGGCAUUCUUGCUUCCCCGACUCACAAGGAUGCCGAGGCAGACCUCGGCUUGAUGGCUUGGCUUGGUUGCUUUGUUGAGAAGACGGUCGUCGAGCAGCCGGAUAAGAAGGCGAUAAGUAUUGUCCUGAAGGCCAUCAUCAGUUGUUGCCGAAAUGCUAUGUUCGAUUCACGGUGACAUAAGUCUUUUUGAAUUCUGUUUAUAUUUCGGGUGGACUUUUUAUUGAGCGCUGUAGUUAU